AUAAACUGAAAACUAAAGUUUUUCUUGUCACAGUUUCACCCAAACAAUGGAAACUUGGUUUCUGAUCCUUCUUACAAUCUCCAUUUCUCUUCUUCUCAAAGCCUUCUUCAACCUCUUCUCCUCUCCCAAAAAGCUUCCCCAUACUCUACCCCCUGGCCCUUUCACUUUCCCUAUCAUCGGCAACAUCAUAUGGCUGCGCAAAUCUCUGCUCCAAAUCGAACAAAUCAUCCGCAACCUCCAUCUAAAGGUUGGUCCCAUGGUCACUCUCCACCUUGGUCCUCGUCCCUCCAUCUUUAUCUUCGAUCGUUCCCUUGCUCACCAGGCUUUAAUCCAAAACGGUUCACUCUUUUCAAACCGCCCCAAAGCUCUUCCGACUACCAAGAUCAUGAAUAGCAAUCAACAUACCAUCAGCUCCGCCUCCUAUGGCCCGACCUGGCGGAUUUUGCGGCGGAACCUGACGUCAGAAAUCUUCCAUCCUUCGCGUGUAAAGUCGUAUUCUCAUGCACGUAAAUGGGUUUUGGAAAUUCUUUUUGAUAGUUUAGAAUCAAAUGCUAAAAGUGGAGAAUCAGUUCAGGUUUUGGCUCAGUUUCGAUAUGCUAUGUUUUGUUUGCUGGUUUUGAUGUGUUUUGGUGACAAGCUUAGUCAGGAUCAAAUCAAAGAGAUCGAAGCUGUUCAGCAAAGGGUGAUGUUAAGUUUUGGAAGAUUCAAUAUACUAAACUUUUGGCCUAGAGUGACCAAGGUUUUGCUUCGUAAGCAGUGGAAGCAGUUUUUUCGGCUAUGCAAGGAUCGAGAGGAUGCUUUGAUUCCUUUGAUAAGAGCAAGAAAGAAAGCUAAAGAUGAGAGAUUGAGCAAGAAGGAAAGUGAUGAUUACGUUUUGGCAUAUGUUGAUACUUUGUUGGAUUUGGAAUUACCUGAGGAGAAAAGGAAACUUGAUGAAGGAGAAAUUGUGAGUUUGGCCUCUGAGUUUCUUAAUACUGGCACUGAUACUACCUCCACGGCUUUGCAGUGGGUUAUGGCAAAUUUGGUGAAACACCCGUAUAUUCAAGAUAAAUUGUUGCUUGAAAUCAAAGGAGUUGUGGGAGAUGGCGAGGAAGAAAUCAAAGAAGACGAUUUGCAAAAGAUGCCAUAUUUGAAAGCAGUGAUUUUGGAAGGGCUAAGAAGGCAUCCACCAACCCACUUUGUGGUGCCUCAUUGUGUGACAGAAGACACCGUCCUGGGAGGAUUCUUGGUCCCCAAGAAAGGAUCUAUCAAUUUCAUGGUGGCAGAUAUGGGGUGGGAUCCAAAAGUGUGGGAGGAUCCAAUGGCAUUUAAGCCUGAAAGGUUCUUGAGAAGUGAUGAUAGUAGUGGGCAAGUUUUCGAUUUAACAGGGAGCAGGGAGAUUAAGAUGAUGCCUUUUGGAGUUGGCAGAAGAAUUUGUCCUGGACUUGGUUUAGCCCUGCUUCAUCUGGAAUAUUUUGUUGCAAAUUUGGUUUGGAAAUUUGAAUGGAAAGCCAUGGAUGGAGAUGAGAUCAGCUUGGAGGAGAAGCUGGAGUUCACAGUAGUGAUGAGGACUCCAUUGAAGGCCCAGAUCUCACCAAGGAAAAGACAAGGCCUUGACGUUCUACUGUAAAAUUAAAUAUUAUAUAUAUGUACUGGCUGGUUGUCAUUUUAGGUUUUGGUACUGUCCUUACUCCGUAUGAUGUUGUAUGCACAAUUGAUUACAGUCUAUAAAACUUUUUGAGUAUUUU